AAAAAAGAUGAUAUCUGGAAAAUACACUUUUGUCAUAAUGUCUGCUGCACUGGACGGUGGCCGAUCUGGCAUUCAGAGAAAGCAAAAGCAUCAACUACCGAAAAAAAUUGUUCAAAAGAAAAAGGGAGAAAAAUGAUGUAGAUUGCUACAAUUUCCUAUUUUGUAAUUAGUGAUAUACACAUUUUAUAUAUGCCUACUAAAAGCAAAUGCAAGCUUUUUUAAAUGUUGGGGUUUAAAAAGGGAUAAUUUGCCAUUAUAAUAAAGGGAUUACAGUCCAUUACAGUUAAGCUCUGGGCCAUAGCGAAUGAACGUAUGAAUGAUAGCAGAACGCUAACUAAGAUUGUCUUUAGCUUUACCUAAAGUCUCCAUCAGCUCUUGUUUGGCUUUACUUUUCGCUAGGGCGAAUUAUUGCCGAAGGAGGCGAGGUCGGAGUUCGAGUCGCUCUGUGAAGCGCGAGUUUUUUUAAGUGAAGAUCGGGCUUUACAGCUCAGAAUUUCAAUGUGGGACUGAUAUAAUGUGCUACUCAGGUGAUCUCAUCAGCAAUUUCCAAACAAAAGUUGGGUAGGGGUUCUGUCCAGAAACCAAGGUCUGGUACACUAAAGUCAAGAUCUAACAUGUCUGUGUCUAUGCGAGAUGUGGAUGCAGCUUUUCAAGGUGCGGGUCAGAAAACUGGACUUGAAAUAUGGAGAAUUGAAAAUUUUAAACCUGUGGCAAUCCCCACAUCUUCUUAUGGAAAAUUUCGUUCUGGAGAUUCCUAUAUCAUUCUAAAGACAACAGCUUUAAAAAGCGGCGUUUUCCAUUACGAUAUCCAUUACUGGCUUGGCAAAGACACGAGUCAGGAUGAAGCGGGUACUGCAGCAAUUAAAACUGUUGAAUUGGAUGCGGCUCUUGGGGGCCGUGCAGUGCAGCAUAGGGAAUGCCAAGGCCGUGAAACAGACAAGUUUUUAUCAUACUUUAAGCCUUGUAUCAUACCUGAAGAAGGAGGUGUUGUGUCAGGAUUUAAGCAUGUUGAAGAAAAAGCAUAUACUAUUCGUUUAUUUGCCUGCAAUGGAAAACACGUAGUGCGUGUUAGAGAGGUGCCUUAUUCACGCUCCUCCCUGAAUCAUGAUGACAUUUUUAUCCUUGACACCAAGUCGAAAAUAUUUCAGUUUAAUGGUUCCAACUCCUCUAUUCAAGAGAGGGCCAAAGCAUUAGAGGUUGUUCAGUAUAUUAAAGAUACAUUUCAUGAAGGGAAGUGUGAAGUGGCUGCCAUUGAGGAUGGCAAAUUUGUUGCGGACCCUGAAACUGGCGAUUUCUGGAGUUUUUUUGGUGGAUUUGCUCCUCUUGCAAAAAAGUCAAGCAAUGCCAUUGAAACACAAGAUGAAGCUGUUCCAGCAAAGCUAUUGUGCAUACAAAAAGGCCGUGCAAAACCAGUGGACACUCAAUCAUUGACAAGAGAAUUGCUGGACACAAACAAGUGUUACUUGGUAGAUUCUGGUGUUGAGAUAUUUGUUUGGAUGGGUAGGAGCACAACUCUUGAGGAGAGAAAAUCUGCAAGCUCAGCUGCAGAAGAACUAAUUGCUAGCCAGGGACGAUCACAAAAAGCUCACAUCACCCGUGUUGUUGAGGGCUUUGAAACUGUCAUGUUCAAAUCCAAUUUUGACAAGUGGCCUCAAAGUACAGAUACAACUGUAUCUGAAGAAGGAAGAGGCAAAGUUGUAGCCAUGCUCAAACGCCAAGGAUUCAAUGUAAAGGGCCUACUGAAAGCAGCUCCAGUGAAAGAGGAACAUCAGCCAUUUAUUGAUUGUACUGGUAAUCUUCAGGUUUGGCGAGUUAAUGGUAACAACAAAGUGCCUCUCCCGAUGAGUGAACAGUGUAAGUUUUACAGUGGGGAUUGCUACAUAGUUCAGUACACUUAUCCUGGAGAGGACAAAGAAGAAUACUUACUUUGCACCUGGAUUGGAAAACAGAGUAUUCCGGAAGACAGAGCCAUGGCUCAAUUGUUGGUGAGCAAAAUGGUGGAGUCAUUUAAAGGGCAACCAGUUCAGGCUCAGAUCUUUGAGGGAAAAGAACCUCCUCAGUUCUUUGCAAUCUUACAAAGCUUCAUUGUUUACAAGGGUGGACUUAGCUCUGGGUAUAAGGCACGCAUUAUGGAGAAAGGGAUUGAUGACAAUACUUACAAGGAAGAUGGACUUGCACUUUUUAGGGUGCAAGGAACUGGUCCAGAUAAUAUGCAAGCAAUUCAAGUUGAACCGGUAGCAACAUCCUUGAAUUCAUCAUAUUGCUAUAUCUUGCAAGUGGGGAUGACUGUCUUCACAUGGUUGGGCAGUCUUAGCACGACACAGGACCAUGAACUUGUUGAGAGAAUGUUGGAUCUGAUAAAGGCUGACGUACAGUCCAAACCACAGAAAGAAGGAACUGAAUCUGAGGCAUUUUGGAACGCACUUGGAGGUAAAAAGGAAUACUCAAGUCAAAAAGCGGUUAAGGAAACAGGCAAAGAUCCUCACUUGUUUGGGUGCAGUUUAUCUAGAGGAAAUUUGGAGGUAACAGAGAUAUUCAACUUUGUUCAAGAUGAUCUAAUGACUGAAGAUAUGAUGAUUUUGGAUUGCCAUUCGGAGAUCUACGUUUGGGUGGGGCAACAGGUUGACUCAAAGUCUAAACAGCAGGCUUUAAAUAUUGGCCAGAAAUAUCUUGAAAAAGAUGUACUACUUGAAAAAUUAUCUUCAGAAACACCCAUAUUUGUUAUUGUGGAGGGGAGUGAACCUUCAUUUUUCACACGUUUCUUCACGUGGGACUCAUCAAAGUCAACUAUGCAUGGAAAUUCAUUCCAAAGGAAGCUUUCCAUUAUUAAAACUGGAAUAUCUCCAAUUGCAGAUAAACCUAAGAGGCGUACCCCAGCUUCCUACGGAGGACGUAUGAGCAUGCCAGAUAAGACAUCACAACGGUCCAGAAGCAUGUCUUUUAGUCCUGAUCGUGUCCGUGUGAGGGGGAGAUCUCCAGCUUUCAAUGCUUUGGCUUCAGCCUUUGAGAAUCCAAGAAAUCUUUCUACACCUCCUCCUGUGGUAAGGAAACUUUAUCCAAAAUCAGUGACUCCAGAUUCACUAAGCAAGACAGCUACGCCAAGAUCACAAGCUAUAGCAGCCCUAACAUCUAAAUUUGAGCCUUUUAAGGAACGCAAAUUACUGAGUGAUUUUUCAGAAGUAAGCCCUGAAACUCCACCCAAAAAGCCGGAGACAACUCCAGUUUCACCAAUUAGACCAAAUUCUAUUUCAAUGAAUGGCAGAACUAGUUCCAAUUCUAUGAGUAGCAGAAUUGAAGCACUAACUAUAAAAGAGGACGUAAAGGAAGAUGAACCUGAAGAUGACGAAGGGCUGAUCACAUUCCCUUAUGAGCGUUUAAAGAUAUCAUCUCCAGAUCCUGUUUCAGAUAUUGAUGUCACUAAAAGAGAGACUUAUUUGUCUUCUGAGGAGUUCCGGGAGAAGUUUGGAAUGACAAAAGAGGCUUUCUACAAGAUGCCCAAGUGGAAGCAAAACAAGCAAAAGAUCGCUCUCAACUUGUUCUGAUGUCAAUUUGGAUGCUCGGAAGUUGGAAGCUGAAAUUUUCAAGGCUAAUAUGUAUCAAUUCCUGUAAGAAUCUGUAUAAAUACAUUAUUCUAUGGAGUCAUUCUGCAAUUUAUUUUUCUUGAACAAGAAGGAGAUAUUUCUCCAGACAAGAAAAUUUCGUUCAUUCUACAAGAAGAUUUUUCGAGUUUGUGGGGUGAAAAUGGCAGACCAUUGUAACCUGUUCACUACCCCAGAGCUUUAUGCUAUUCCUUAAAGCUUGUGCAUUGUUUCAUCGUCUGCAUAAUUUUGUCAGCAGUUCAGUAUUUUUUGUGGUUUAUAGAGGUACAGGAAGUCUGUGAGUUGAUAUCUAUAAGAGGCGUUGUAAUCCUUAACAGUAGAAGAGAUCAUGGUGAUGGAGAUUGUUGUUUCUAGUUUUGUAGAAGCAGGGUUACUUGUUUAAUGUAACAAGUGAAAGCUGUCUGUCGGACAUUCUUCUUGGUAUUGUGAACAGGGCCCUCUUCAGACAUGUUCACUAAUUAUUUCCAUUUCGUAUUUGUUUGAAAAAUAAAAUAUGAUUCUUUGUGUUUGUAAA